AGCGAACUGACAAACUCAAGGAAUGGGCAAAGGGAGCCUGUUCUGUUGGAAAUUUCUACACACUUUUUCUGGCUUUGGCCAUGUUGAUCACCGGUACCGUCAACACUAUUGCCACUAAAUUACAGGAUGUUAGUAAUGCUAAGGGUAUUGGUGAUGGGCCACCAACCGCUUUCCAACAUGCCUUUUUCCAAACUGCAGCAAUGUUUUUGGGUGAAUUGCUCUGUCUCAUUCCACACAAUCUUCAAUUAUUAUAUAACAAAAUCCGUGGUAGAGGAAAAGCUAAAGAAGAGGAAUCAGACUCUUUGAUGGAUUCCGAAAAACCAAAACCAAAGCCAUUCACAAAUCCACUCAUCUUUUGGAUUCCUGCUUGUUGCGAUUUGGGAGGUUCAACUUUGCUCAAUUUUGGUCUCUUCUAUACUGAUGCUUCUGUUUAUCAAAUGUUGAGAGGUAUCUUGGUCGUUUUUACUGGUUUAUUCUCAGUAAUUUUCCUUAAAGCUAGAUUGUACUAUCACCACUGGUUUGGUUUAUUAUUAAUCCUUGUUGGUUGUGUUAUUGUCGGUUUGAGUUCAUAUUUGUAUGCUGAAGAUUCUGGAGCUUCUAGAAAUGCUUGGUUGGGUGAUCUUUUCGUUGUUUUGGCUCAAAUUUUGGCUGCUACUCAAUUCAUUGUUGAAGAAAAGUUCUUCAGUAGAUAUGAUGUUGCUCCAUUGCAAGCUGUUGGUUGGGAAGGAUACUGGGGUUUGUCAAUGACAACUAUUGUUUUGUUUGUCUUGUAUUGGAUUCCAGGUAGCGAUUAUGGAAGUGCUGAAAAUGCUGUUUAUGCAUUUGCUCAAUGUUUGAAUAAUUGGAAGAUUGCUGUUUCUACUUUGGGUUCAAUUUUCUCAAUUGCUUUCUUCAACUUCUUUGGUGUUUCUAUCACUAAGAGAAUCAGUUCUACCACUAGAUCAACUAUUGACUCUUGUCGUACUAUUUUCAUUUGGGCUAUUUCCCUUAUUAUUGGUUGGGAAGAAUUCCAUUGGCUCCAAGUUGGUGGUUUCGUCGUUUUGUUGUUGGGUACCUCUCUUUACAAUGAAAUUAUUAAGGUUCCAUAUUACCACAAGUGGUAUUUGGGCAGAAAGGAACUUUAUUUGCAAGAAAAGGAAAGAAAGGAAGCUGAAAAGAAAGCUUUGGCUGAAGAAAAGAAGAAUAGAAAGAGAAAUAUUCAAUAAAUUAAUUGUAAACUUAUUCUAAA